AUGAUGGACCCAAAGAAAUACGAUGAGCUAUCUCAGCAAGAAGAUAACUAUCGUAAAAAAUACCAUGUCGAAAUAUAUCUCAGCCUCACUACCGAGCCGGACUGCAAUAAUCCUAUCGGGCCAGAAAUACACAGUGCUAUUAUGACCUUAAAUGGACAUGGUUUUAUUACCAGAAAUAGCCCUGUUUUUAAAAGCGACCACAAAGGUGCUUUCUACAGACAAAUUGAUGCGCUGGCUAAUGUCCGUAUCAAGCUCGUUGACUGGUUCAAUGAAAUGAGCAAAAAAGGCUUCCCGCCAUAUAUGGAUGAACGGGCCUAUAUUAUUUACGGGCAUAUCUCUAGGCGUAUGCCCAGGGAAUUAAUGGAAGAGGGUGGCGAAUACCUUGAUUGGCUUUCAGCACGUAGGGCAGAAUAUUUGGAGACGCGCUCAGUAGAUUAA